AUGGAUGAGGUGUCGGAGUUGCCGCCGAGGUUGAGAUGGAGAAGACAAGCGUUAGAGAAGAAGAAGAAAGGGAUGAGUGACUUGGUGGCGGCACCGGAGAAGACGCAACCAACGAAUGAGUGGUCGCCGCCGGAGUGGACGACAAUCGUGCUGGAAGUGAAAGUUCCUGCGUGCAAAGAACGCAUCCCUAUAGAAAUGGACGUGAACGACACCGUUCUGAAGCUGAAGGAGAAGGUUCUUGAACAAAAAGAAAUGUACCCCGUACCAGUGGAGAGGGUUGUGUUGCAAACGCACAAAACGCAUGUCGAAUUGCUCGACCAACAGUUACUGAAUGAUUGCCCGGUUUUCGAUUUUCCCAGCAAUGAGAUCGACGUGUACUUAAAGCCUCCGCAGCGGCCGCCGCGGCCAGUGGUGUUGAAGGUGACGGUGUUGCCAUUGAACUCGAAGGAGAAGAUAGAGAUGGAGGUGAAGGCUGAGGACAAGGUGGCGGUGUUGAGGGAGAAGCUGGAGCUGGUUCACCGGACGGUUAGGUUUCGUCUUCCUACUCGCGGUCGUUAUUUUUUCGUUCACAAGCUGAGUCUGAUGGAUGAAAGCAUCUCGUUUCGAUGCCACAAUGUUCGCAACGGUGACUCCAUUGGCACAUACUGGGCGACAGAUCAUAACGACGUCGCUAAAGAAGAUGAUGACAACGACGUUGACACCAUUGGUUAG